UGAACAUGCCAUACAGAUGCUCAUUUUUUAUAUACUUUCAAUUUUAUGGGAUUGAUUGAGCAAUUUUCCGCAUCUGUGAACACGGUAAUCGAUUCUCAGCUUAUAGUCAGGCUCACUCAAUCUGUCGCAGAGGCGUUUUGCACCAGUUUACAAGUGGUACGUGAUAGCGGCAUACACGUUUCUCGAAAAGUUCUGCAGUGUUCCAUUUAACAGCAAAAUGGUGAGCGAAAAUGUGAAAAAGUUGAAAGCAAUCAUAGAAAAAGCCAGCAAAUCAAAUAUUAAUAUUCAACGACUUCCAGCUAUUGGAAUUCAUUUGACGCCAUCGGAUUUGUCACUUUUUCGACUUUUUUCUCUCAUUCCAAUCGCAAUCGGAGUUAUCGCAUUUCUCUAUGGCAAAUCGUGGAUUAGCGAUACAAAAAAGUGCUGGAUAUCUUUACCCGAUUCGCUUUCGCAUGCAUUUCGUCCGCCAGAAGAUUGCGGUUUCUGCCGAAAUAUUACACAAGCCGAUCGAGUUUCGAAUAUUUCACCAAAAGAAUUCGAGAAAAAUUAUGCAUACAAUGCAAAACCAGUUGUCAUCACCGAUGCAACCAUCAAUUGGACCGCUUUAGAUGUGUUUGACUUUUGGUAUUUCAAAGAUGUGUACGAAUCUUCGCUAUUUGAUUCGGAACAAAUGAACUGCCAGUUCUUUCCGUAUAAAACCGAGUUUAAAUCACUUCGAGAAGCUUUAAGUAUUCCAGCGGAGCGUGUGAAUUAUGAAGUUGGCACGCAGCCAUGGUAUUUUGGCUGGAGUAAUUGCAACUAUGAAGUGGCUCGAGAGCUGCGGAAACAUUACGACCGGCCGUAUUUCUUACCAGACACGUCUGAGAAUAAUGCUGUUGAUUGGCUAUUCAUGGGUGGCCCCGGUCUUGGCGCUCAUAUGCAUGUUGAUAAUGUGCGACUACCAUCGUGGCAAGCCCAAAUUAAAGGUGCAAAGGAAUGGAUUUUAGCACCACCACCAGAAUGCUAUUACGAAUGCUCAACAUUUUCGAUAGUAGUUCGUACCGGUGAUGUCAUUGUUUUGGACACGAAUAAAUGGUAUCACAAAACAAUUGUUUUACCAGGCGAAAUUAGCAUUACCAUUGGGGCCGAGUAUGACUAAAUAUAAAAAUUUCAACAUAUUUACAUCAAUCGGUUAAAAAUCAUGCUUUAUUCAGAAUUGUGUUUUUAUUUAAUUGAAAAUGUUCUAAUCUAUGAAAUCUAAAACUAUUUAUUUUUAUGAUUUUGUGCGUUUCAUUCAAACAUAUUCGCUCUGCAGUUGAUAAAAUUAGAUUUUUUUUUCUAAAAUUUUAGGUUUUUAAACUACCAUUAAAUUUCUAAUUUCAGAAGAGUUAUUGUCAAUAAAAAAAAAUUAAAUCAAUUCAAAAUGUGAAAAAGUCGAACUUUUGGCCUAAACUAAUGGAAUAAAUUGUAUUUUUUCGAGCAUGCAACGAAUAGAAUCGUUAUGAAAUGAUUUUAAAUGUUCAUUGCUAGCUCUAUCACUAUUUUAUAUCAUAAGGUUCAUGUAUCGUGUUGUGAUUUGGUGGAGUAAAUUGUGUAAAUUGUCCAUUUGCCGCAAGAUCAAGAUGUUGUGUUAAAAUGUAUUAGUUAAUGAAUUGUCAUCAUGCAAAUGAAUAAAAUUGUGUUAUGAAAAUAAAA